AUGCAAGGACUAAACCGAUAUAUCCCACCGGAUUAUGAUCCAAGGAAAACCUCGACGUUAAACAAACAUCAAGGGAAGAAACAUGCUCUGGGAGUUAGAGCUAAAGAUAUAGAUAAAGGUAUAUUGGUAGUAAGAUUCGAAUUACCUUUCAAUAUAUGGUGCGGGACAUGUAAUGCCCACAUUGGAGCAGGAGUUCGAUACAAUGCAAGAAAACAGAAAGUGGGCAAUUACUUCUCGACGCCGAUAUUUGGGUUUAGAUGUAAAUGUCAUUUGUGUGAUGGUUGGUUUGAGAUAAGGACUGAUCCAAAGAACGCCGCAUAUGUAGUACAUGAGGGAGCAAGGAAGAAGGAUGAAGAUUGGGAUCCGGAGGAGAAUGGAGGUUUUGCAGUUCAUGACACGGAGGCCCCUUCUGCAUCAGAACCACCUGCAGACCCAUUUGCAGGUGUAGAGAAAACCAUCGAUCAGCAAAAAUGGGCAAAGAGAGGGACAUCGAGAUUAACAGAAUUAACAAAAUCAUCUGAUCGUAUCAACUCUGAUCCGUAUCUCGUAUCUUCAGCGUUACGUAGGAAAUUUAGAGAAGAGAAGAAAGUUUUGUUGGAGAGACAGGUUAAAGAUGAAGGUAUAAAAGAGAAAUAUGGUUUGAAUGAUGAUUUGAUACAUUUGCAGGAUCGAGACCAGGAUGAAGAUAAGGAAAAAGAAAAAAGAAUAUGGGAGAUCAUUAAGGAGAAUAGAGGAGGAGAAUCAAGUAGACCCAGUUCAACUUCGGCGAUGCAUACAUCAAGAGGACAAGGCAAAGCCAGGUUAUCGGAUAGUCCAAGCUUGGUGGAUGUAUUGAGGAGAAACACGGGAAAGAGAUAUGAUCCAUUUUCGGAAAUAUCAUUCUCAAGCUCGUCGACGAGCAGUACACCUGUCAAGUUGAAUUCACCACGUAUUGUUGAUAGUAUAAAAGGAAAAGGGAAGAUAAAAGGGAAUAUAUUAGAUAACAUAUCACCUAAACCGAGAGCUAAAGAAGGACAGACGACUUCGAAUGAUAGUGGAAUCGGAUUAGGAGGAGGUCUACUAGCUGGAUAUGGAAGUGAUUAA